UUCAUAGGUUAUCUUGGUUAUACGAGUGGUUUUUCGCUGACGUGUAUGGUUUUCUUUGUCAGUGUGGUAAUCUUCAAGAAAUUUCAAGUACCCUGUCCUCUCCCCAUCAUGGAUCAUGGGGUUGGAAACUGGACAGCCACCAACAUCACACUGCCAAUGCACCUGGUCAUGUUACCAAAUGAGUCUCUCAGUUCUGGUGUGAAUUUCAUGAUGGACAACACAGUUGGGCACAUGCCAGGCCUUGAGGAGCCAAAAGAUGCUUUCCUCAAAAGUGGUGUAGAAUAUGAAGCACACAGCGACAGCAGUGACACGUGUCAGCCCAAAUACUUUGUGUUCAACUCACGGACUGCCUAUGCAAUACCCAUCCUGGCAUUUGCAUUCGUAUGCCACCCUGAGGUGCUACCAAUAUACAGUGAACUGAAAGAUCGUUCCCGAAAGCGGAUGCAGAAUGUCUCAAACGUCUCCAUCACUGGCAUGCUCAUCAUGUAUCUUCUUGCUGGUCUCUUUGGAUAUCUUACUUUCUAUGGAGAGGUUGAAGAUGAGCUACUUCACACAUACACCAGGGUGUACACUUUUGAUGCUCUCCUUCUGUCUGUGCGCCUCGCGGUGCUGGUGGCUGUCACCCUGACUGUGCCCCUUGUCCUCUUCCCUGUAAGUAAAAGAGCUGCUGGAGAUGAAAUUGGGGCUGGCCUGUAGACACUAACUUCAUGUGCUUAGCAGAAGCAGGCUUUAACGUUAAAGAAAAGCAAGCCUGAAUUUUGUUUCGGGGAGCAAGUUGUUUCAUACGCAGCUUGCCCACAGCAACCACAUUAGGCAGCUAGGGUUGCAAACUUUGAAAGACUGAAA